AUGUCCCAGCUCAUUCCAAGCACUACACCCCUUCGAGUUUUUCAAAAUCAUACAGCCAACAUAUGGGCUGUAGCAGUUUUUCCCAAUAGACAACGAAUGGUCACAGCCUCCCACGACAAGACACUUCUUCUUUGGGAUUUGAAGACAGGUAUAGUGUUGAAGAAAAUGGAGGGACAUCGCGUCGGCGUAGACGGAUUGGUGGUGUCACGAGAUGGGCAGAUGAUAGCAAGUGGUGAUGAUGACGGGAUGCUCAUCGCCUGGCACAGGGAAACUGGGGAAUCUCUCACCCAGGCCAUCAAAGCUCACUCCAAUAUAAUCUGGGCGUUGGACUUUUCUCCCGAUGGUACUGUGCUUGCCACUGGUUCAGAUGACGAAACAACCAAGCUAUGGAGCACCAAAACAUGGCAAAUUCAAGGAAAUCCAAUCAAGUGCAGUGCCAUGGUCUUGUGUGUUUGGUAUUUGCCUUCUGGUGAACUUCUUGCCGUCGCAACAUCCAGCAAUAUCGAAAUUUAUAAUCCAGGCACGUCUCAACGCAUCUCGACAGUCAAGGGUCACACAGGAGACAACUUGUCACUUGUGUGGACGCCUGAUGGCACACGUCUUCUCUCAGCAGGCGAUGACAACGAUCCCAACAUCCGCGAGUGGAAUACAUCCACCUGGAAGCAGGUCGGUGAUCCCUGGACUGGUCACACUGAUUGUAUCUUGGCUAUUGCCAUUCAUCCUGCGGGCACCCAUCUCACUUCUGCAUCUACAGACAAGCACGUCCGUCUCUGGCGGCUCUCAGAUCGACAAACCAUCGCCAUCUUCAAGCACUCAAAUGGACCGUCAUGUGUCACUUUCUCCAUGGAUGGAAAACAUAUCCUCAGUGGAGGUCAAGAUAAAGUAAUUUCAGAGUGGGAAGCACCCAAGGACACUUGGUCAGAGGAAGCUCUGGCGUUAAAGAUCCUCGCCAUCACUAUGACUGUCCACAAAGCUUGCAUCACGGGGGACUUGGCUGUGGCUGAAAAGAUACUUAUGCAAGAGAUCAACACCGAUGCCAACAACAACACUUCCUACGCCAACCGCUCGCUCAUUAUGGCACGCAAACUCGACUGGGACCGCGCGCUUCAAGAUGCAAUCAAGUCUCUCAGCAUUCGACCCUCAUUGACAGGCUAUCUUGCAAAAGGUGUCGCCCUUUGCAGGAAACAGCAGGUCUCGGAUGCGACGACAGCAUUCAACCUCGCAUUCAACCUCGCAUUCGCGUUCAUGUUCACAGCAGACGGAUAUUCAAAGAAAACUCAUUUCCUUUUCUUAAUCAAGGCCAUCGCAUUGUUCAAUGAAAAUCACCACAAAGAAGCAAUGCAGCCCAUCCAAGAGCCAGUCACCCGUCCUAAUCCCAAUCCUCUCGCUUCUCGUGUCGUGGAACUGGGAAUUAUUGCUACGGAUGGUGCCCUUCACAAAGAAGCUGCUGAUCAUUUCACAGCAGCCAUGAAUACUGGCACUUUCUUUGCUACAUUGGACAUUCAUUCUAUGUAUGAGGACUUUGUCAUGCUUUUUGGCUGGAACCUCAAGUCAUUGUGGCAAAUCGCAAACCAGCAAUGCUACCAUGCACUCUUUCGGGCAGGUCAAUUUGGAGAAGCCCUCGAGGCAUACUGA